AUGAUGUCCAAUUACAAACUUGUACAACACUUACUCGAUGAAGAGGAAGAUGAUGACAUUUGUGAGGUGUCACUCAACCCUAUUAGAAUUCUGAAAAAUGAGGCGGAAGAAGAAAAAGCCGAGGUGGCUCGUAUGUCCAGUUUCAUUGGUGCCAUUGCUAUUGGUGAUUUGGUGAAAAGUACCCUUGGUCCUAAGGGUAUGGACAAAAUUUUGGUAUCCUGUGGCAGAAAUAGUGGCCAGGUUGAGGUUACGAAUGACGGUGCUACUAUUUUGAAGUCCAUUGGUGUUGAUAACCCAGCAGCCAAGAUUUUGGUUGAUAUGUCAAAAGUGCAGGAUGAUGAAGUUGGAGAUGGCACCACAUCUGUUACAGUUUUGGCUGCUGAACUUCUCCGUGAAGCUGAGAAGCUCAUUGAACAGAAGCUCCACCCCCAGACUGUGAUCGCUGGAUGGCGUAUUGCUGUAGAUGCUGCUAAACAAGCUCUUGCUGACUCUAGCUUUGACCAUGAAAAGAAUUUCAAUGAAGCUGCUCUCCGGGCUGACCUUGAGAACAUUGCUCGCACCACAUUAAGUUCUAAAAUUCUGUCAAAUCACAAAGAACACUUUACAAAGUUGGCUGUAGAUGCAGUGCUCCGUCUUAAGGGCUCUGGCAACUUGAAAGCUAUCCAGAUUAUCAAGAUCUCCGGUGGUCUCCUGGAGGAAUCUUUCCUUGAUGAAGGUUUCCUGUUGAACAAAAAGGUGGGUGUACAUCAACCUAAGCGUAUUGAGAAUGCCAACAUCCUCAUAGCCAACACUCCAAUGGACACAGACAAGAUCAAAGUGUUUGGUUCCACUAUCAAAGUAGACUCUAUGGCCAAGAUAGCAGAACUUGAAGUAGCUGAAAAGGAAAAGAUGAAGGACAAAGUUAACAAGAUCUUGGCUCACAAGUGCAAUGUGUUCAUCAACAGACAACUUAUCUACAACUACCCUGAGCAGUUGUUCGCUGACGCUGGCGUGAUGGCUAUCGAGCAUGCCGAUUUCGACGGUAUCGAGCGACUCGCGCUCGUCACUGGAGGAGAAAUCGUGUCCACUUUCGACUCACCCGACAAAGUCAAACUGGGACACUGCAAGGUUAUUGAACAGGUAUUGAUUGGUGAUGAGUGUCUGAUCCGUUUCUCUGGAGUAGAGCUGGGCUCUGCUUGCACUAUUGUAAUCCGUGGUGCCACACAGCAAGUCAUUGAUGAGGCUGAACGAUCUCUGCACGACGCGCUUUGCGUACUUGCCGCCACUGUCAAGGAACCUAAAGUGGUUUAUGGUGGAGGUGCUAGCGAGAUGUUGAUGGCGGAAGCCGUGUCUCGUAUGGCAGCCCGCACUGCUGGUAAGGAGUCUGCAGCGGCCGAGGCAUUCGCCGUGGCCCUGCGCCGCCUGCCUUCUGCUGUCGCCGACAACGCUGGUUACGAUUCCGCUGAUCUCAUCUCAAGGCUCCGCGCUCACCACGCUCAGGGAGAAACCACCAUGGGGCUUGACAUGCAAAACGGCCGCGUAGGAGACAUGAAAAAACUGGGUAUCACAGAAUCUUACGUAGUGAAGCGUCAGGUGCUGCUGUCUGCUUCCGAAGCAGCUGAGAUGAUCCUCCGUGUCGACAACAUCUUGAAGUCGGCGCCGCGUCGCCGUGGCCCAGACCGUCGUCCAUGCUAA